AUUAAGAAUUAAACAUGUUAUACGAGGUAUAGAAUGUACAAACGAUUGAGACCGUGGAUUUCAGUUACAAUACAUUAUAGAAUACGCAGAUAUUUGAAAUUAUUUGAGGAAAUAGAAACGACGCAAAAAAAGGACAACUAUUUAUUUGAAAUGUUUUACAUCGUGCCUACAUUUAUGCAGUCAAAUCAUAUUUUUAUCAGACACGUUGUGUACGAGAUACAUUUUAUACUGAAGAAUGCUUUUGAUAAUUAUGCGAAAAGUCAGUUGACAUUUAUUCAGAGCAUAACAGAUUUAGCGGCCAAGCCAAAUUAUGUCGAAUGUUUAUACGAAAAUAAUGUUAUCGAUAUAGUUCUACCAUUAGUUACUAACAUAAAUCCAACUGUGAGAAUGAAUGCGGUUUUGAGUUUGGCGAGAUUGGCUGGCAAUAGCGAAAAUUGUGCCAAACAAAUUCUGUGUUCGAAAGACUUACUUAAUCGGUUGCUCGGACAAAUCAUUAAGGAAAAUAAAUAUUACAAAAAAAGUUGCAUGCACCUCAUUAAAAGUCUUAGUAAAUACUCAGCCAUAAAUUCUAAAAUUGUAUUGAAAGAAUGUGGAGGAAUAAAUGCUUUAUUAACAUGCAUGAAAGACUUUGAUGUAUACGUCAGAGAAGGUGCUAUGCAAGCAAUUACUUCCAUUGCUCGCCAUGACGCCAGCCUCUCACAAUUCCUGAUUGACUCCGGCGUGUUACCUCAAAUAAUUUCAUGUUUAAAAGAACAACAUCAAAAUUUAAAACUAUGUGCUUUAACAGUAUUGGAUGAGAUAGCCAAGCAAAACCAACAUUUGGCCCAAAUAGUUGUGGAAGUAUCUACUUUGCCACUUGUGAUGAAUUAUUUAUCUCAAAACUUUACUGAUGUUAAAGUUCAAAGAAGUGCAUUGAUAUUGUUGAAAAACAUUGUUAAACAUUCGCUGUUAUUGACUGAAAGUGCAAUUGAGUCUAACUUAUUCCCAGAAAUAUUGUUGUUAAUGGCGCACCCGGAUGAACUUAUACGUGUCAAUGCUGCCAAAGUCAUUUGUGAAAUAGUUAAACAAAGCGUUCAAAUAGCUCAAUUAGUUGUUAACAAUGGUGGAAUAGCUUCAUUGAUAAAUGUGAUUUCGUGUAGCAAAGAACACCCGGCUACCCCUGCUAUACUUGCAUUAGGAUAUAUUUCCGCCAUGUCACCAUUACUUGCAUCAGCUGUAAUUCAAUCCAAGGGAUUGCUGCACUUGAUUGCUAUUUUAAAAAGCAAUGUGGAUAGAUUUACGAAAGCCGGCGCGAUUUGGACAAUAGGCUUGAUAGGGCAACACAGUUCUGAACAUUCGAGGAGUGUUGCAGCUUCUGAUGCUUUAAACAUUAUGAUGGACAUAUACAUUAACUCAAAUUUGGAAAAUGAAUGCAAACAUAAAUGUAGAACUGCUCUUCAACUAAUAUUGAAAGAAUGUGACGAUUACACAGUUUUUGAAAACUUGUUAACGCCAUCAACUCCCGUUGAGAUUAUGACAUUUAUACUAAAUAAGAUCAGCAAAAUAUUGCCGAAAAAUACGAAAUCACGAAGAAGCUUUAUUACAAAUGGUCUUCUGAAAAUGAUUCAAAAUCUUAAGCCAGAAAUUGAUUCAGAAUUAUUUCAAGUUAUCCAAGCGGUAAAUUGUUGUUUCCCAGAGGAUAUUAUACAAAUGGUAGCCGGAGAUUUCCCCGAAACUGUCAUGAAAAAAGUAGACAAAUAUGUACCAGAAAAUCAUUGUUUGUUUUACAAUCGUCAGGUUAAAGAUGGGAAAAUCCCUCCUCCGAAUGAACCAUAUUUAUCUGGUGAAGAAUAGUUUUUUGAACAAUAUUUUGUCAA